UGUAACAUCAUUACAGAACAAUUAGUCGUUGAUCAAGUUCCGAGUGAUAAACAUGGACUUCAGUGAUGUAUAUAACUCUGAUGUCAGAGUGAAGGAGGAACCAAAUGAUGUUUCCCCAAUUGAAAAUGAAGAUUAUAAAAUAAUUGACAAUGCAUGCGAUGCUAAAAACAACGAAUUCUCGAGUUUUUGUCGAGAAAAUUUAAUUCAUGGGCUUAGAGAAUAUGAUGAAAAUUCUGCACCUAACGACGAUUUGGAAAUAGAAUUCGAAUGUAAGGAUGAGAAGCUCGGCAUUAACUUAUUAGUAGUUAAGAAAAUCGAGGACGAUUAUCCAGAUCAUUUGCAGUAUAUGAAAAAUAGUUGCGAUUAUCAGACUCAAAAGAAAGUUAAAGAAGAAAUUGUCGACGAAGUAAAAGAAGAAUUAAAUUUGGAUGGUGAACUUGAUGCAAAUAGUCUAUGCAAAACCCAAACUGAUAAGGCACGCAAUCAUACCAAAUAUCCAUGUAAUGUAUGCGGUCAAAAAUUUUCACAAAAAGGUAAUCUCAAGGUCCACAUCGCUGCAGUUCAUAAUGACGCCAAGCAUACAUGUGUUACAUGUGGAAAGACAUUCAAACAAGAAGCAUAUCUCAAAAUUCACAUCGAUGCGAUUCAUAAUGAUAUGGCACCAACUUGCGAAGUAUGCGGGAAGAAAUUCUUAACUGAAGCUGUACUCAAGAUCCAUAUCGAUGGAGUACAUAAUGGUGUUAAACAUGCGUGUGAUGUAUGUGGAAAGACAUUCACACAAAAAGGACAUCUCAAGGUUCACAUCGAUGCAGUUCAUAAUGGUGUUAAACAUGCUUGUGGUAUCUGUGGAAUGACAUUCAAACACAAAGAUACUCUCAAAAGUCACAUCGAUGCGAUGCAUAAAGGUAUGGCACCUACUUGCGAAGUGUGCGGAAAGAAAUUUUUAACUAAGACUUCACUCAAUAUCCACAUCGAUGCAGUUCAUAAUGGAGUCAAACAUACGUGUGUUACAUGUGAAAAGACAUUCACACACAAAAAUAAUCUCAAAAUUCACAUCGAUGCGAUGCAUAAAGGUAUGGCCCCUACUUGCGAAAUAUGCGGAAAGAAAUUUCAAACGAAGACUAAACUCAAGGUCCAUAUCGAUGGAGUACAUAAUGGUGUUAAACAUGCGUGUGGUGUAUGUGAAAAGACAUUCACUCAAAAAGGACAUCUCAAAAUUCACAUCGAUUCUAUGCAUAAAGGUACGGUACCUACUUGCGAAGUGUGCGGAAAGAAAUUCUCAACUAAGACUAAACUCAAACUCCACAUGGAUGCAGUGCAUAAUAAGAUAACUCACGCAUGUGAUACAUGUAGCAAAAUAUUUACGCUGAAAUAUAAUCUUAAGAAACACAUCGAUGCGAUGCAUAAAGGUAUGGCACCUACUUGCGAAGUGUGCGGAAAGACAUUCUCACUAAAGGGUAAUCUUAAAAGACACAUGAAUUUGAUGCAUAAUAAGAUAACUUAUGUUUGUAAUACGUGUGGCAAGACAUUUUCACAAAAGGAUAGUCUUAUAAUUCACAUUAGAACACAACAUGGAGACAUUGAUCACGCAAGUGUUUAAUGCAGAAAAAAAGUUACACAUAGGAGAUAUCUACAUAUGCACGUCAAAUGUAUGCAUGAUGUCAAUACCCAACCACGAGAUCAAUGCAAAAGAUCUCAAAACGUACCUAUCAAUACCGCGCAAAAUGAUUUAACAUCGAGACAAAUGAGUGGUUAUAAAACUUUCAUUGAGAUAGCGCAUCACUCACGCAUUACCACCUAAUAAAUGUAUAAAAUGUACAUUUAAAUUUUGUAAAAAACAAUUACUAUUAUAUUUUGGAUUACUCCUGUGUUUUCCAUCUCACUGCUUACUAAA